CCCCGUGUCCUGCUAUUCUCAGCCCUUUCGAAGAGUUUACUCCCCUCCUGGGUGUAGGUUCCCUUCAGGUAUUGAAAGGCUGCAAAAGAAGAGCUAAUAAAGGGAUUAGUCUGCGUAUAGAGUGGCAGGUCAUAGAAUUAAACAAAUACUGUUUAACUUCUGUUGUGAACUUCAGGUUGGUAGGCUCCUGUCAGAGCAGUAGCUGAAAGGUAAUUGUCUCAUCUCAUAAAGCUUUGCUACUGAAUUGAUGGAUUCAUCCAGUGAAUGUAGGAUGCUAUUGAUUUUGUUUAUUUUCAGACUACUUGUGCUUUUCUGCCCCCUUAUAAAGUUGGAGUUCAUUAAUUUUUGGCAUUUGGGCAGGAGUUUUUUAGCAAGAUUUUGAUUAACUCUGAGCUUUAGUUUUGCUACCUCAGUGGUGUUGCUGGGCCACUUGUGUCCUGUCUGCUUCCAUCCCUCACAUGCUGUUGCUGCUUCCUAAGGUUAAAUGAAGUACAGCUGAUAUUUGUGUGAUUUUUGUGGGGUUUUUUUCCUUCCUAUCUUCCUUCCCAUAUUUUGUUAACAGAAAGCCAAGCAUAAGCCUCAUCAACUCUUCUCAUUUAGUCUCACUUUAAAUUUUGAUAGCCUGGUGAUAAACCUGUUCUGUCAUACUCGGAAGCGAUGACACCUGAGGUGAGGUAAGACAUGACACAGUGAGGGUGGAAGAGUGGCUUAAAACAACUAUUUUUGCCAUCUUGCUGUCUUUAUUAUAUUCUCUGAUGGUAGCUGGAAACCUAAAAACACAUCUUGAAGGCUUUUGGGGUUCUACUAAGUGUAGAACUGUUUUGAAUGCUUUUUUAUUUUUGAGGAAUAACUAUUUGAAAGCAGCGUUUCUGUUGAAGGAUGUGAGGAAGACAAAUGAUAGAUAGAUGUACCAGUAUGGAUGAAAUGCAUUGACAUCUUGCUCAGCAGCUGCUGGGAAGCUCUCGAUGAGUUACUCAAUGCCUAAGUAUAUGUGAUCAUUAGCUAAUGAUAGGAAAGGGCUUUUCCUGUCCAUACUGCUUGGUUUCACAUUGGUCUUUCUGGAAUGAAGAGGGUGUGAAGAAUGGGAAAUACUCUUUGGCUUUGGAGUUGUCAUCGAAAAAAACAGGAGCUGGAGCUGCAGUCUCCAGAUUGCAUUCACCUACAGCAAUUUAUUUGGCUCCUUGUUCUACUUCUUGUUGAAUCAUUAAUCCAAUUUCCCACUGUACACUGAGGGAAUUGCAGUGUGACGUUCUUAGGAAGCUUCUUGUUUUGUUUUGUUUUGUUUUUUUUCCUUUUGCAAUGGGUUUCUUGCACAUGUGUUCCUUCUGAAAGGGAAACUUGAUCCAAGGAAUAUUAGUUAGCUGACUCUCUUUGCUGCAGGCUGUAGUGACAGCAAAUCUGGAUACUUGGAAAUGGUGACAGAGAGGAACUGCCUUGUAAGUUAGUGAGGGUGAGAGUGGUGGCUGGAUGGUCGUCCAACAAAGUAGAGGAUGCUGCUGUCAUUUGUGAGAUUGGUGCAGGGUGAGAAGCUGCGAUGAAAGAAAUACAGUCUGAUCUAUGGCCCUCAGGUGGCUGAGGAUCUUCAGAGCAGAAAGGGAAGUAAAUGUUGAAGCAGGCAGAAAGUGUAGCUUAUUCUCUUGUAGUAAUUAAAUUCAUUUUUGGGUAAAUAUGGAGCAAAGAUCAGAGUUUGUAAAUUGCUUGAACAGUAGUAAGGGAUUUGAAUGCUUUGGUUAGUAGAGGUGUCUCUUUGCUGUUGUUAAAGAUGACAUAAUAAGAAGAAAUGUUCAACGUGGCAUUCUUUUUGAUACUGCAGAAUGGAUAUAAAUUGUUAAUGCAGAACUGUUGGAUCUGCCUGACACAGACAAAGAAAUACCUGGAUUAUUUCCUUAUGGGGAAACAAAGGAGGAAAGUUCUUUCAAAUCUCACUUUGUGACACCUUGAAGCUCUGAAUCUCUUAAUCCCUACCUGUAGUCUUGCUAAUAUAAAUCUUAUUAGGUGCUUUUUCAGCGUCUUCCUUAAGUCCUUCAACUCUUGCAGUUUGUUAUGAUUCUCUUAGUCUCUCCUGUUGAAGAGCACUGUAGGAGAUAUAACUAGGUGAUCAGUGUUGCAUCAGAAGAUGAGAUGUAAUUGCCUGCCAAUGCCAGACACAGUAUGCAACUUCUACCAGGUAAUCUCUCUUUAGCUGCAGUUUACACCUACAGUAAAGCUGAGGAAGUUUGAAAUGUAUAUGGUCUUAUGCUGUCACCUCUGUCGCUCCACUUGUAAAGUGAUGUGUUUGCAAAUGCAGCCUAUAAAGGGCUGAAGCAACAUCUUCUGAAUGAAUGUGACCUACGUGGAAUGAUGUAGUAUUUGCUUCUGGCAACUUCAGGUGGACUCACUGUCACAACCCAUGCUAUUAGAAAGAGCUGUGGGUGGUGUCAGAAGAUGCUGCAGGUGAAUAGAUAAGAAUGCUAAGCUAACUUUUAUCACAUAUGGGAGUUACCAGGUCCUUAAUUUUUUGGUACCUUCCAGCAGAUCUGUGACAUUUUAUUUUGUAUUUUUUCUGCUGCUGUUGUUCUUUUUGUUGUUUCUAUCAUUUUUAUUAUUCAAGAAGUGAUCUUCCAAAUAUAAGAAGAGUGGGCAAUUUAAUAUCCUCACUUCUUCGCCUUUUUAUUGGAAGUUCUCAUUUAAAUCUUGACAUGUGUUAAAUGCUGUAUUGCUGAUCACUUUUACUGGGGGAGGGAAGGGGGGCUGGUAGAAUUAACUCCCAGAGAAAAUGAGAGCUGCUGCUGGGGAUUAAGUGUGAGGGGAAGAUUGAGGAGAGGCACUUAAAAAGCACAUUAGUGCCCCUAUAAAAGGAUAUAUAUGUGUGUGUGUGUGUGUAUAUAUAUAUACUUUUGUGAACGGUCCAUUUUAGAUGUAAUAAAUAGAGACAUCCAAAUUCAGUAUGAUCGAAGUGUGCAUCCUUCCUCCUAUUUCUGUGACAGUCUUGUAGCUAGAUCAGCAGUUAGCUGGUUUAAUAGGGGUAACCUCUAACGGUGGUUCACGUGUCACAGCCAGGCUUUGAAUGCAGCCUUUGCUGGUAAGUUUAACGUGCCUAUCAUCUCAUAGGUGACGUUCUCCAUAAAUCCUUUGUCCUUUUCAUUGAGGUGAAGGGCAGCAGGUAGCAUAGCUGUUCCAUUUUAUGCGUUUCAUUGUCUAGAAAUACGAGGAAGGAGCCCUUUGAAAAAGGACUUGGGUUCAGAGUGCUGAGGAAUUCAACUGUGAAAGGAAAUACAAAGCUGAAUUGAAAUGGAAUAGUAAAUAAAUUGAGAAAUCUGUUCUGUGGACAAGCAGGAGGGGAAACAAUGAAAAUAAGAGUGAAAUGUCAUGCUUGUGGGAGGGGAACUUGCUAUGCUUUUUUCAAGGGUUCCACACAAUUUUUUGUGAUAAUACAGAUAUUAUAGAUACAUGCAGAUUAUAUGCGUAGUGUUGCCAUAGUUCUUUUUUAUUGCUGAGCUCCCUAGAAAUGCUGCUUACUAAAGUGCGAGGAUAUCCUAACCUGCUCUUUGUUUUACUUGUUUUCUUAGUUUUUCUCGCGUGCGUUAUACAAGAAAACAAAGUUGCGUAUCUCAUUGGAUUGCUUUGAACUGCUGUAUUAUGUCUUUUUGUUUUUGUGGAUUAAGUUGUAUGCAAGAAAAACAGGAUAACAAUGAGGAAGAGAAAGUAGGAAGAAAAUUUUGUCUUGCGUAUAUCUAUGUGCAUGUACUGUGCGAGUAAGUAUGUGCAUAGAUAGAUUUUGACUGGAAACUGUUGGCCAUUCUAUUGAACUGAGAGUGUCUUAGUAAUAAUGUGUAGGGGUAGAAUUUGGGAUAUUGAAUACUGAGAAAACAUAGUUGCUGUUUUAGGGGGGAAAAUCAGUUGCCGGUAUCGAUAUUUUAAUAUAUUUGUGCUAAGUAGUCUUAUAGUUCAUUUGUGUAUCUUACAAAGAGUAACGAGUUUGCAAGGGGAGGAGGGUAGCUUUGAAAAUACAGUAAACACUGAGAACUCAGUAAGCUUAUUGUUAGACUGUAGACACGUAUACAGUUUUAAAGCUUUUUUAUAAAAAAGUUGUUUUAUAAAGUAGUUUCUUGCACUUUACCUGCUGGCUUUUCAAUUUGGUAGAUAACAGCUGAACUCCAGCAGAGUUUUAUAAUCCCCACGUGCUUAAAUAUACUAAAUGUUCUUUUUCCAUUAAGGUUAAUGUUCGUGAAGAAAUUGAAGAGUUUUUUCCAAGAAUGUGGAAGAUAAAUCAAGAUAAAAGAAGGCUAAUGAAAAGUAUUAAAGAUCAGAAAAUUAAAAUUGAAUGGGGGAAAAAAUUGAACAGAAGAUUGGUCAGAUAGAAGCACUUGAAUGUUUUUUUAAGGCUUUAAUGAAUUGUUUGAAUUGGGGAAGAAUACACGAAGUAUGAAAAAUGAAAAACUCAAUGAAGAAUGAAGAAAAGUAGAAAGCAAGAGUGAAGUAGAAUUAAAAGAAUCUGGAAGAAUGAAUGGGUCCUAGGUUAAGUAAAUGAGUCUCGCUCCCAGUCAAAAUCUCCAGCUGGGAGUCCUGCUCGUGUAAAAUCGGAGAGCAGGUCAGGAUCUCGCAGUCCAUCGAGAGCUUCCAAACAUUCUGAAUCACACUCUAGGUCAAGAUCAAAAUCGAGAUCCAGGUCCAGAAGACACUCGCACAGACGUUACACUCGCUCCAGAUCCCAUUCCCAUUCUCAUUCCCAUAGGAGACGUUCUCGAAGCAGAUCGUACACGCCAGAAUAUCGUCGUCGAAGGAGCCGUAGUCAUUCUCCAAUGUCCAACAGGAGAAGGCACACAGGCAGCAGAGCUAAUCCAGAUCCAAAUACAUGUCUUGGAGUGUUUGGUCUCAGUUUAUACACCACUGAGAGAGAUUUGCGCGAAGUCUUUUCUCGUUAUGGACCUUUGACUGGUGUCAAUGUUGUUUAUGACCAGCGGACUGGACGAUCAAGAGGAUUUGCUUUCGUUUAUUUUGAGAGAAUUGAUGAUUCUAAAGAGGCAAUGGAGCAUGCAAACGGAAUGGAGCUGGAUGGCAGGAGGAUUCGGGUGGAUUACUCCAUCACCAAGAGAGCGCAUACACCCACCCCAGGCAUCUACAUGGGCAGGCCAACGCACAGUGGAGGAGGUGGUGGUGGUGGAGCAGGUCGGCGCCGUGAUUCUUACUACGAUAGGGGGUAUGAUAGAGGAUAUGACAGAUACGAAGAAUACGACUACAGAUACAGGAGACGAUCGCCAUCGCCUUACUAUAGCAGGUACCGGUCACGGUCAAGAUCCCGCUCCUAUAGUCCAAGGCGCUACUGAAGAUCAGAAGAAGGAACAGUUGAGGACUUGAUUUUUAAAUAAAAAGUUUAGAUCUUAGCUUCCCUCUUGUUUCCCCUCCUUUUCUUCCCUUCCUUGUCCUCCAUCCAGCUAUUUUAGAAAUCCUGGGUUCAUUUAGAAUGUCCAUAUCUUCCGUUGAAGUACUCCUGUUUUCCAUCCCUCCUUAUGUAAUCCUCUUAAAUAUUGUAAUUGUAGUUUUUGUGUAGUAUAACAUCUUAAGCAAUGUUAAAUAGAAAAACCCAAAGUGUUGAUACAUUUUGGAAGUCAUUCCUAUUUUGUUUUUAAAACGAUCGGACUCCUGGCUAAUCAAAAGAGAGCAGUGAUAUUUUUAAAGCUUGCAUGUCACUUGUAAUGCGCACACUCGGAUUCUUUGAUAUCAGCCUGCAUUUCCAAGUAACUCGUUAAUCUUUCUGUUAAAAGACAAACAUUUUACUUUGAUAAACAAGUAAUGACUUCGAGCCUUUACUGUAAAGACAAAUUUAUUUAGGUAGUGAUGAACCAGAGGAGGGUUUCUUUUAUUUUGGUCAGGUAGUUGCUUUGAGUGUAGAAUAUUUGAGCUAGAGAAAAAAUGGAUAUUUGGCUGACCGGGAAGGCAGAUCCUUGUACACUGAAAAUACAGGCUGUGUUUUAUACAUUUCUGGAUAGCUACACAGUGGAAAAUAUUUGGAGUUUAAACCAUAGAAGUCCUGGGAUAUUUUUUUUUUCUUAUUGUGCUUGGUUAAAUAUUUCCCCUUAAAAAGCGCAGGAGAGAACAUCUAUUUAUUGAACAUAGCAAUUAGUUCUAUAAUUUGCUGUUCACUUAAAAACAAACAAAACCCCAGACUUUUGGUAUUGCAAUAACGAUGAAGUUUUGUUUCCAGUCCUUUUGAAAGCAUGGAUGGAAAACCUGUAACAACUUGUAAACUUUUCUUUCAAUAAAAGUAAAUUCCACUGA